AAACCCUCAGGCACAAAACUCCUAUUUUCAUCAUUUCCAUCAGAUUCAAAACCCGAUGUGCAGCGAGACCCAACGGAAGCGCGGCCGCCGCCCCAAGAUCCAGCCGUUGGAGACCGCGGUGCUCGACAGAAACAACGACGCAGGUGGGUCUCCGCGCGCGGCCGCCGCCGCUGCCGACAACGACGCCGUCUUCUCCGUCAACAGCGUCGAGCUCAUCCAGCCCGCCUCUUCUCCCCCUCCAUCCGACCACCGCGACCGCCGACGCGGCCGCCCCCGCAAGAAAUCAAAACCGGAAAUUCCCACCUCCGCCGCGGCCGCGGCCGCGGCCGCUGCCAAUGGCAUAACCCUACCCGCGACGGUUUCGGCGGGUGUGGCUCGAGGUGUGCCGUCCAUGGACGCGGUGGUGAAGGUAUUCUGCGUUCAUACCGAUCCGAACUUCUCCUUGCCGUGGCAGAGGAAACGCCAGUAUAGUUCGAGCAGCAGUGGGUUUGUCAUCAAGGGAAGGAGGGUUCUAACGAAUGCACAUUCUGUCGAGCACUUUACGCAGGUGAAGUUGAAGAAGAGGGGUUCUGAUACGAAAUACUUAGCUACGGUCCUUGCUAUUGGCACGGAAUGUGACAUUGAUAUGGUGUUUGAUUCUGAUUCCGUUAAGCUGCUGGUUUGGUAUCUGAAUCAGACGUAUACAUUGCAUGUCAUGGUAUUGGUGGCAGUUUUAUUCUGUGGAUUUGCCGUUUGUGCUCUUAUUAGGACUUUGCUAACUGUGGAUGAUGAUGAAUUCUGGGAAGGUGUGUCCCCUGUAGAAUUUGGGGAUUUGCCUGCACUUCAAGACGCUGUUACAGUUGUUGGUUAUCCAAUCGGUGGGGAUACAAUCUCUGUAACAAGUGGUGUGGUGUCUCGGAUUGAAAUUCUUUCCUAUGUUCAUGGAUCAACUGAACUUCUAGGAUUGCAGAUAGAUGCUGCUAUAAACUCUGGCAAUUCUGGGGGGCCUGCUUUUAAUGACAAGGGAAACUGUGUCGGUAUUGCAUUCCAAUCACUUAAGCAUGAUGACGCGGAGAAUAUCGGUUAUGUAAUACCAACACCUGUUAUCAUGCACUUCAUCAAAGAUUAUGAAAAGAAUGGAAGAUAUACAGGAUUUCCUAUUCUCGGGGUUGAGUGGCAGAAGAUGGAGAAUCCAGACUUGCGGUUGUCCAUGGGGAUGAAAUCUGAUCAGAAGGGUGUACGCAUAAGAAGAGUUGACCCCACUUCUCCAGAGUUCCAGGUCUUGAAACCAUCAGAUAUCAUCCUCAGAUUUGAUGGCGUUGAUAUUGCCAAUGAUGGAACAGUUCCAUUUAGGCAUGGAGAGCGUAUAGGCUUUAGUUACCUUGUUUCGCAGAAGUAUACUGGAGAUAAUGCUGUAAUUGAAGUUCUUCGUGAUUCUAAAAUUCUGAAGUUCAACGUCAAGCUUCGUACUCAUAGAAGGCUCAUUCCAGCUCACAACAAAGGCCAACCUCCCUCAUAUUACAUUAUUGCUGGCUUUGUUUUUACAACUGUUUCAGUUCCAUAUCUCCGUUCAGAGUAUGGAAAAGAUUACGAGUAUGAAGCUCCAGUUAAGUUGUUGGACAAGCUCCUACAUGAGAUGCCUCAAUCACCGGAGGAACAAAUUGUCGUUGUUUCCCAGGUCCUUGUGGCUGACAUCAACAUUGGAUAUGAGGAUAUUGUCAACACUCAGGUUCACGCCUUUAAUGGUCAGCCCGUGAAGAACCUGAAGAGCUUGGCUAGGAUGGUAGAGGGCUGUGAUGAUGAAUAUUUGAAAUUCGACUUGGAAUACCAGCAGAUUGUCGUUCUACAAACAAAGAAUGCGAAAGCGGCUACUUUGGAUAUUCUUACUACCCACUGUAUUCCAUCAGCCAUGUCGGAUGAUCUCAAGGCGUGAGGGGUGACAUAAUAUAUUUUAUAUAUAAUCUAUAUAUAUAUAUAUUUGUAUCUAAAGUGGCGAUACUUUGAUAUACUGUACUUCAAGUACUGCCACAUUUUUCGGUUCUUUUCAUUUUUGUUUUGUUUUGUCAAAAGACCAUUUUUAAACUAGGAAGCCAUGAGAAGCUUUUCUCCAGUGAACUCUCGGUUAGCUACCUAUGGUUAUUUAUUGUUUAAGCUUUUUGACUCCUUAUAUGCGUCGUUCGUUCAUUCGUUCUUAGUUCCCGAAUUUUAGCUUGGACGAUUGUGGUUUCCGUACUGAGUUUUUGAGGUGAAUAGGAUUGUGUAGUAUGUGAUAGUGCUGCAAUCGAACCGAACGAGCCGAGCUUGGGCAUUUCGAGCUUGUGUUUAUUUAUGUUCGAACACUGUGUUCGUUCUUUCAUAUUACGAGCGUUCGAGCUCGUUAGUUCAAUUGCUU